CACAUGGAAGCGGGACACCACUGCGACCGGCCGACGCCGGCGGCCAUCGGCGGCGAGGAGGAGCCCACUUGCCAGGUACUGUUCCUGUGAACUUGCUGGGUCGCCACUUAGAGCGGAGGAGGUAGUUCCGAUGGAGGCGGCGGACGGAGACGGGCCGGAGGAGGAGCUGGUGGUGGCGUGCGAGUGCUGCGGCUUCACGGAGGAGUGCACGGCGCGCUACAUCUCCGUCGUGCGCGCGCGGUACGGAGACAGGUGGAUCUGCGGCCUCUGCGGCGACGCCGUCGGCGAGGAGCUCGGCCGCGCGCCCAUCUCGCCAGCGGAGGCUCUCGACCGCCACGUUACCGUCUGCAGUACCCGGCGCGCUUCGGCGCCGCCGUCGCCGGAGGACAACGCCGGGGACCUCAUCGCGGCCGUGCGCCUGCUGCUCCUGCGCCGGCUCGGCUCGUCGCCGCCAUCCACGCCGCCGAGGAGGGUGCGGUCCACGCCGAGCAGCCCCAGGCGUGGCGGGGCCUCCGCCGACGUCGACGUGGCCGGCGACUCCGCCUCCGCGGGCAGCGGGAUCGCGCUCGUGCGCACGGGAAGCUGCUUCGCGGCGCUUGUGGAGUGAGAACCACGGAGGAGCUCCUCUUCCCAAAGCAAGGAAGAAUCUUUGGCUCUUGCGAGUAUCUUGUGCUAGAUUUAGAUUCCGUUUGCAGCAAGAUGCUAUGUGUACAAAAAUGUGGGCAGCAAUUGAGAGAAAUAAUCCUGAGCUCGUACAGGCUUUUGCA